GCGUAGUGUGCCGGGGCUGCGAGGCGCUGAGGGGAGAGGCGCCGCCAGCGCCGCCCGGGGACCCGUUAGAGCGGAAGCGCCGCCGCCGCCUCUGCGGUCGUGGGGUUCCCGGCAGGUGAAGCGGGAGCCAUGUCGAAGCGGCUCCGGAGCAGCGACGUGUGCGCCGACUGCAGCGGGCCGGAUCCUUCCUGGGCAUCAGUAAAUAGGGGAACUUUUAUAUGUGACGAGUGUUGCAGUGUACAUCGGAGUCUAGGGCGCCAUAUCUCCCAAGUAAGGCAUCUUAAACACACACCAUGGCCUCCAACACUGCUUCAGAUGGUUGAGACCUUGUAUAACAAUGGUGCUAAUUCUAUAUGGGAGCAUUCUUUGCUGGACCCCGCAUCUAUUAUGAGUGGAAGACGGAAAGCUAAUCCACAGGAUAAAGUACACCCCAAUAAAGCAGAAUUCAUCAGAGCGAAGUAUCAGAUGUUAGCGUUUGUCCACCGAUUGCCCUGCCGUGACGACGACAGUGUGACUGCCAAAGAUCUUAGUAAGCAACUCCAUUCGAGUGUGAGAACAGGGAACCUGGAGACCUGUCUGAGACUGCUAUCUCUAGGAGCCCAAGCCAACUUCUUUCAUCCUGAAAAAGGAAGCACUCCACUCCAUGUCGCCUCCAAAGCAGGACAGAUUUUACAGGCUGAAUUAUUGGCAGUAUACGGAGCUGACCCAGGCACGCAGGACUCUACUGGGAAGACUCCUGUUGACUAUGCAAGGCAAGGAGGGCACCAUGAGCUGGCGGAGCGCCUCGUGGAGAUACAGUACGAGCUGACUGACAGGCUGGCCUUCUACCUCUGCGGCAGGAAACCAGAUCACAAAAAUGGACAGCAUUUUAUAAUCCCUCAAAUGGCAGACAGCAGCCUGGAUGUAUCUGAGUUGGCAAAAGCUGCCAAGAAGAAGCUUCAGUCUCUAAGUAAUCAUUUGUUUGAAGAACUUGCCAUGGAUGUAUACGAUGAAGUUGACAGGCGAGAGACUGAUGCAGUCUGGCUUGCCACGCAAAACCACAGCACCCUGGUAACCGAGACAACUGUCGUCCCCUUCCUUCCGGUCAAUCCUGAGUACUCCUCAACACGAAACCAGGGCAGACAGAAAUUAGCUCGGUUUAAUGCACAUGAAUUUGCUACGCUGGUCAUCGACAUCCUUGGUGAUGCCAAGAGGAGACAGCAGCAGGGCAGUCCUCUGUCCCGGUCACAAGAUAAUGUCGAACUCAUACUGAGAACUGUCAGUAACCAGCAUAGCACUGAGAGCCAGGACAACGACCAGCCAGACUAUGACAGUGUGGCCUCAGAUGAAGACACAGAUGUGGAAACCAGAGCAAGCAAGGCACACCGGCAGAAGAGCCUAGAUUCAGAUUUGUCAGAUGGACCAGUCACUGUGCAGGAGUUUAUGGAGGUCAAAAACGCCCUAGUGGCUUCUGAGGCCAAGAUACAGCAGCUAAUGAAGGUGAAUAACAACUUGAGUGACGAGCUGAGAAUUAUGCAGAAAAAGCUUCAAACACUCCAGUGUGAGAAUUCAAGCCUCAGGAAGCAGGCCACAACCAGUGCCUGUCAAGUGCAGACUGGUCCCGACUACCCAGACACUUCGAGCCACUCGUCCUUAAAGCGCCGGCCAUCUGCCCGGGGCAGUAGGCCCAUGUCCAUGUAUGAGACUGGGUCAGGUCAGAAACCAUACCUCCCAAUGGGGGAAGCUAGCCGUCCUGAGGAGGCCAGGACGAGACUUCAACCCUUCCCUGCUCAUAUUGGGAGGAGUGCACUUGUGGCCUCCUCUUCGUCUCUGCCUUCCUUCCCCUCCACACUUUCCUGGUCCAGGGACGAAAGCGCCCGAAGGGCAUCCAGGUUGGAGAAGCAGAACAGCACACCGGAGAGUGACUAUGACAACACUCCCUAUGGCACUGAGCCAGAUGACACAGUGUCAAACCGGAAGGGACGGCAAAGGAGUAUGGUGUGGCAAGGUGAUGGCUCAUUGCUAGACACGACAGAGUCCCACUUGGUCCCCAGCCCCGCGCUCCCCAGCACAGAAGAUGUCAUCCGGAAGACUGAACAGAUCACCAAGAACAUCCAGGAGCUCCUAAGAGCAGCCCAGGAGAACAAACACGACAGUUAUAUUCCCUGCUCAGAGAGAAUACACAUCGCUGUUACCGAGAUGGCAGCCUUGUUCCCCAAAAAACCCAAGUCUGACACGGUGAGGACUUCCCUCCGGUUACUGACGUCCAGUGCCUACCGACUCCAGUCAGAGUGCAGAAAGGCCCUCCCAGGAGACUCAAGCUUGCCCACGGAUGUCCAGUUGGUCACGCAGCAGGUCAUCCAGUGUGCCUAUGACAUCGCCAAGGCUGCCAAACAGCUUGUCACCAUCACCACCAAAGAGAACAACAGCUGAACUGAAGGGCUCGCCCUCCUCUUUUGCAGGCUUCUGAACGUUUGGCUUCAGUGUAGACAUGAACUCUUCAGAUUUUACAGAGACGCUUAGUAAUGAUUGAAACUUUUUAAAGGAAAACUCAGUAUUAUUUUUGCAUGUUUUCUAACAGAUUUUUGACUGUGAUUUAACCAUUGCCUUAUUUGUGCCUGUUUGCAGCUUAGCUUCUGUUGUGUUGUCACCAAGCGCUUAGGUCAUGAUCGGAUGUGUUUAAAAGGGAUUGUUUGGAGUUUGCUAAAACUUUUCCAUCCUUUAAAACUCUCUGCCCAUGGCUAAAACUAUAAUUGAUAUUUUAGUAAAACAUUUUCUUAAGGGAGUUGAGCUUAAAAAAAAAUCAAUGUUAUCCUUUCCUUCCAAGCAUCGUGCAAUAAGUAGAUUUUCCAUCCUGCCGUAGAGUCUCAGAGCUUGGGGUAUCUCUAGGCAUGUGUGGAGAGCAGGGUCCUUGCCUCUUGCUAAAGAGAGCAAAUCUCUUGGGAAGAACAAGGGAAUGACCCAUUUCUAACUUUUGUAUAAUGUUAAGUGUUGUGUUAUUUAAUAUUUUUAUCUUGAUUUUCUAUCUAUAAAGAUUUUACCAUCAUA